UCCGCCCCCGCUCGGAGCCCGCGGAGCCGCGCAGGGGCCUCGGGGGGGCCCCGGGGCGGUUUUGGGGGGCCCGGGCCGGUUUUGUGGGGCCCGGGGGGGUCCCCGGAGGGUCCCGGAGCCGCCGCCAUGAACCGAGAGGAGCUGACGUACCUGGGCGUGCUGCUGGGCUCCAUCCCCGUGGGCUUCGUGCUCAAGGAGCGCGGCCCGCGCUGGCGCCAGUUCGGGGGGGCCGCGGUGGGGCCGGGGCUGGCGCUGCUCACCUGCGGCCCCCACCUGCUGCACUCGCUGGGCACCGUGCUGGGCACCUGGGCCAUCCUCACCUGCCUGCCCAGGCACGCCGGGGGGGCCGCCCUGCUCUGGGUGUUGGGGUACCUGCUGUUCUUCCGCACGCCCUGGGUCUGGGGGCUGCCCGAGCCCCCCCCCUACGCCAACGCCCUGCAGCUGCUCGUCACCCUCAAGAUGGCCAGCCUGGCCAGUGACGUGCAGGAGCUGCGGGAGGCGGAGCUUAAGGGGGUGACAUCAGAGGAGACACGGCUGCUGAUUGGCUCGCUGAGGCGCGUGCCGAGUUUGAUUGACAUCCUGUGCUACAGCUACUGCUACCUGGGGCUGCUUACAGGUCCCUUCUACCGCCUGGGCACGUACCUGGACUGGGUGUGGGGUCCCCCCGGUCCCCCCGCCCUGCGCCGGCUGCUGUCCCACGUGCGCUGGCCCGCUGGGGUCCUGGGGGUGCUGGUGGGCCGGGCGUGGCCGGCCAGGGCCGUGCUGGAGCCCGAGUUCGGUGCCCGGCCCUGGGCUGCCCGGCUGGCGCACAUGGUGCCCGUGUUCCUGGCGCUGCGCCUGCGCCUCUACGUGGGCUGGCUCUGCGCCGAGGGCGGCUGCGUGGCCGCGGGGCUGGGGGCGUACCCCAAAUCCGCCAGGGCCAAACCGGGACAGGGACCCACGGUGCCAUGGGAGCGCCCCAAAACGUGUGCCGAUAUCCCCGAUGACCAAUGGGAUUUCGAGUCCAUCCGCACCGUGGAUCCCUGGGGCACCGAGGUCGGCCGGAGGUUCCGGGGCGGCCUCAGGCGCUGGAACAUGACGGUGCAAUGGUGGCUGGCGGCGUACGUGCACCGCCGGGGACCCCGAAACUACCCCAUGCUCAGGAACGCCUGGACCAUGCUGGCCUCAGCCUACUGGCACGGGCUGCACGGGGGGCAGUACCUGUCCUUCCUCACCGUGCCCCUCUGGCUGGCAGCCGAGGCAGCAGCUGAGGGGGCCCUGUUGGGCUAUUUCGGGGUCCCCCUGGAGAAUUUGGGGGGCUGGAAGGGCUCGGCGCUGCGGGGAGCGCAGUGGUUCCUCAAAAUGAGAGCGUUCGAGUACCUGAGCAUGGGAUUUGUGCUGAGAGAAGCGGCGGCCACGCUGCGUUUCUGGGCCUCGGUGCAUUUCUGCCUCCAUCUUGUGCCUCUCCUCAUCCUCCUCACGGCGGCGGCGGCGGGAAAAGGGCGGGAAAAGGGGCGGGGAAAAGGGCGGGAAGAGGGCCGGGGAAAAGGGCGGGAAGAGCGUGAGGUAGAGGCGGGGACGGGGGACGCGCAGGAUCCCCAAGGCCCUGAGGAGGAUCUUUGA